AGAGAUGCCACACUCGCUCCGCGGUUCGCAUGGCGCUCUGAAGACGCCGGCGCCCGCCGCCUUGAGGAGCCGCUGCCCCCGCUCCCUGAAGAUGGGGGAACAAUGAAAUAAGCGAGAAGAUCCCGCUUCUCCCCCCUCUCUCUCUUGCCCCCUCCCCCCCUCCCCUCCCCUCUCCCCUUGACUCCUCUCCGAGGCACCAUGCUGACCCGCCUGUUCAGCGAGCCCGGCCUUCUCUCGGACGUGCCCAAGUUCGCCAGCUGGGGCGACGGCGAAGACGACGAGCCGAGGAGCGACAAGGGCGAAGCGCCGCCACCGCCACCGCCUGCGCCCGGGCCGGGGGCUCCGGGGCCAGCCCGGGCGGCCAAGCCAGUUCCUCUCCGUGGAGAAGAGGGGCCGGAGGCCACGUUGGCCGAGGUCAAGGAGGAAGGCGAGCUGGGGGGCGAGGAGGAGGAGGAAGAGGAGGAGGAAGAAGGACUGGACGAGGCGGAGGGCGAGCGGCCCAAGAAGCGCGGACCCAAGAAGCGCAAGAUGACCAAGGCGCGCUUGGAGCGCUCCAAGCUUCGGCGACAGAAGGCGAACGCGCGGGAGCGCAACCGCAUGCACGACCUGAACGCAGCCCUGGACAACCUGCGCAAGGUGGUGCCCUGCUACUCCAAGACGCAGAAGUUGUCCAAGAUCGAGACGCUGCGCCUAGCCAAGAACUACAUCUGGGCGCUCUCGGAGAUCCUGCGCUCCGGCAAGCGGCCAGACCUAGUGUCCUACGUGCAGACUCUGUGCAAGGGUCUGUCGCAGCCCACCACCAAUCUGGUGGCCGGCUGUCUGCAGCUCAACUCGCGCAACUUCCUCACGGAGCAAGGCGCCGACGGUGCCGGCCGCUUCCACGGCUCGGGCGGCCCGUUCGCCAUGCACCCCUACCCGUACCCGUGCUCGCGCCUGGCGGGCGCACAGUGCCAGGCGGCCGGCGGCCUGGGCGGCGGCGCGGCGCACGCCCUGCGGACCCACGGCUACUGCGCCGCCUACGAGACGCUGUAUGCUGCGGCAGGCGGUGGCGGCGCGAGCCCGGACUACAACAGCUCCGAGUACGAGGGCCCGCUCAGCCCCCCGCUCUGUCUCAAUGGCAACUUCUCGCUCAAGCAGGACUCCUCGCCCGACCACGAGAAAAGCUACCACUACUCUAUGCACUACUCGGCGCUGCCUGGCUCGCGGCCCACGGGUCACGGGCUAGUCUUCGGCUCGUCGGCUGUGCGCGGGGGCGUCCACUCGGAGAAUCUCUUGUCUUACGAUAUGCACCUUCACCACGACCGGGGCCCCAUGUACGAGGAGCUCAAUGCGUUUUUUCAUAACUGAGACUUCGCGCCGGCUCCUUUCUUUUUCUUUUGCCUUUGCCCUCCCCCCUGUCCCCAGCCCCCAGAGCGCAGGGACACCCCCACCGACCCCAGCGCCGGGCGCGGGGAGCGGGCCACCGGUCCUGCCGCUCUCCUGGGGCAGCGCAGUCCUGUUACCUGUGGGUGGCCCGUCCCAGGGGCCUCGCUUCCCCCAGGGGACUCGCCUUCUCUCUCCCCAAGGGGUUCCCUCCUCCUCUCCCCCAAGGAGUGCUUCUCCAGGGACCAGUCUCCGGGCGCUCCCUGGAGACACCCCUCCCCCAUUCCCAAUAUCUUCGCUGAGGUUUCCUCCUCCCCCUCCUCCCUGCAGGCCCAAGGCGUUGGUAAGGGGGCAGCUGAGCAAUGGAACGCGUUUUACCCUCUCAUUAUUAUUUUAAAAACAGACACCCAGCUGCCGAGGCAAAAAGGAGCCAGGCGCUCCCUCUUUCUUGAAGAGGGUAGAAGUCAGGGUGCCGGAGCCCGGGCCUGGAACGCCCUCACCCCCAACCUCCAGUCUCCGCGUUUUGCGAUUUUAAUUUUGGCGGGAGGGGAAGCGGAUUGAGAGGAGAGAGAGGCCAAGAAAAUUUGUAACUAGAAUCCGUUUUUCCCUUUUCCUUUUUUUAAACAAACAAACAUACAAAA